ACAGCCUACAACCUAAACAGAGCGCGUGAAUGAGUGUGCGCAUGUUUACACCAUCAGCUGUCAAAUCCGUGUGCCGUUCAUUUUCGUCUGAAAAGGACCAAACACACUGACUCAACACUGAAGCGCUUACAGUAACACCCUUCAGGACGGACUUUCUGGCAUUUGACCUUUUGCAGUGGAAUAGCGGAAUAACUCUUGAAGCAUGAGUUCUGUGGCUGUACUGACCCCGGAGAGCUUUGCGGAGCAUCGCAGCGGGCUGAAGGAUGAGGAGAUCUCAGGUGGGGUCCCUGAGGAUGAGGCGUACAUCCCCACCUACCUGGAGGCCUUCCCCCCGCUGCCGGAGAAGGGGGCCCCGGGGGACCGAUCAGGGGAGCCCGCGGGGGCCUGGAACCGCAUCCGACCCAUCAAAGCCUCGGUCAUCACGCAGGUGUUUCAUGUGCCCCUGGAGGAGCGGCGGUACAAGGACAACAGCCAGUUCGGGGAGGGCGAGGAGGCCAAGGUGUGCCUGGACAUCAUGCAGAAGACCGGGGCACACAUCGAGCUCUCGCUGGCUAAGGACCAGGGCUUGUCCAUCAUGGUGACGGGCAAGCUGGACUCGGUGAUGAAGGCCCGCAAGGAGAUCGUGGCUCGGCUGCAGACUCAGGCCUCCGCCACGGUCACCAUCCCCAAGGAGCACCACCGCUUCGUAAUCGGCAAGAACGGCGAGAAGAUGCAGGAGCUGGAGCUGAAGACGGCCACCAAGAUCGCCAUCCCGCGCCCCGACGACCCCAGCGUCAACAUCCGCAUCACCGGCACCAAGGAGGGCAUCGAGAAGGCGCGCCACGAAAUCCUGCUCAUCUCCGCCGAACAGGACAAGCGGGCGGUGGAGCGUCUGUCGCUGGAGAAGGCCUUCCACCCGUUCAUCGCGGGCGCCCACAACCGGGUGGUGCAGGAGCUGAGCCAGGAGACGGGCGCGCGCAUCAGCAUCCCACCGCCCAGCCUGCCCAAGGACGAGAUCGUCAUCACCGGCGAGAAGGAGGCCGUCGCCAUGGCCAUCGCCCGCAUCCGCGCCAUCUACGACGAGAAGAAGCGGAAGACCACCACCAUCUCUGUGGAGGUGAAGAAGUCCCAGCACAAGUACAUCAUCGGGCCCAAGGGGAACACGCUGCACGAGAUCAUGGAGAGCACCGGCGUGUCAGUGGAGAUGCCGCCGCUGGACUCCGGCUCGGAGACCAUCAUCCUCCGGGGCGAGCCGGAUAAACUGGGUCCGGCCCUCACACAGGUGUACGCCAAGGCGAAGAGUGUGACUGUGGUGGAGGUGAGCGCUCCUGCCUGGCUCCACCGCUUCAUCAUCGGCAAGAAAGGACAGAACAUCGGCCGCAUCACCCAGCAGCUGCCCAAGGUUCACAUCGAGUUCACAGACGGCGAGGAGAGGAUCAGCCUGGAAGGACCCACAGAGGAGGUGGAGCAGGCGCAAGUCCAGAUCCAAGAGAUCAUCAAAGACCUGAUGUCUCGGAUGGACUAUACUGAGGUCAACAUCGACCAGCGCUUCCACAGACACCUGAUUGGGAAAAAUGGCGCGAACAUAAACCGCAUCAAGGAGCAGUACAAGGUGUCGGUGCGGAUCCCUCAGGACGCAGACCGCAGCGGCCUGGUGCGCAUCGAGGGGGACCCCCAGGGGGUUCAGCUGGCCCGCCGGGAGCUCAUGGAGAUGGCCCAGCGCAUGGAAAAUGAACGAACCAAAGACUUGAUAGUGGAGCAGAAAUUCCAUCGCACCAUCAUAGGCCAAAAAGGGGAAAAGAUUAAAGAAGUCCGGGACAAGUUUCCAGAGGUCAUCAUUAAUUUCCCGGACCCGGCACAGAAGAGUGACAUUGUACAGCUCAGGGGACCAAAGAACGAGGUGGAGAAAUGUGGCAAGUUCCUGCAGAAGAUGAUCGCAGACCUGAUUGAAAACAGCUACUCCAUCUCAGUGCCCAUCUUCAAGCAGUUCCACAAAAACAUCAUAGGCAAAGGAGGCGCCAACAUCAAGAAGAUCCGUGAGGAGACCAACACAAAGAUUGACCUGCCCACUGAGAACAGUGACUCGGAGAUGAUCGUCAUCACAGGGAAGAAGGUCAACUGUGAGGCCGCACGAGACCGCAUCCUGACCAUCCAGAGAGACCUGGCCAACAUAAAGGAGACGGAGGUGACCAUCCCGGCCAAGCUGCACAACUCGCUGAUCGGCUCCAAGGGCUGCCUGGUGCGCUCGGUGAUGGAGGACUGCGGCGGCGUUCACAUCCACUUCCCCUCCGAGGGCUCGGGUUCUGACCGCGUCACCAUCCGUGGGCCGGCAGGCGAGGUGGAGAAGGCCCGCAAGCAGCUGCUGCAACUGGCCGAGGAGAAGCAAGUGAACAACUUCACGGUGGAGCUGCAGGCCAAGCCGGAGUACCACAAGUUCCUGAUUGGCCGUGGCGGGGCCAACAUCCGACGGGUGCGCGACCGCACCGGCGCCCGCAUCAUCUUCCCCUCCCCCGACGAGCCCGAGCAGGAGCUCAUCACCAUCGUGGGCCGAGAGGAGGCUGUGCGACUCGCCCAACGGGAGCUGGAGAUCCUGGUGAAGAACCUGGAUGACGUGGUGGAGGACGGUAUGGUGGUCGAGCCCCGGCACCAUCGCCACUUUGUGUGCCGCCGCGGGCAGGUGCUGCGGGAGCUGGCCGAGGAGUACGGCGGAGUGGCCAUCAGCUUCCCCCGCACCGGCACGCACAGCGACCGCAUCACGCUGAAGGGCGCCAAGGACUGUGUGGAAGCCGCAAAGCGCCGCAUCCAGGAGAUCAUCGAGGACCUGGAGGCCCAGGUGACGGUGGAGGUGGCCAUUCUGCAGCGGCACCACCGGGCAGUGAUGGGCCCCAAAGGCUGCCGGAUCCAGCAGAUAACCCGGGACCAUGAGGUCCAGAUCAAGUUCCCUGAGAGGGAGGAGUCCACAGGUCAGGAGCCCCAUCCACAGGAGAACGGGGACGCCAGUCCGGAGGGGGAGCCUGUCCCCCGCAAGUGUGACAUCAUCGCCAUCUCAGGGCGAGAGGAGAAGUGUGAGCUGGCGCGGCAAGCCCUGCUGGCUCUGGUGCCUGUGACGAUAGAUGUAGAGGUGCCUUAUGAUCUCCAUCGUUACAUCAUUGGCCAGAAGGGCAAUGGGAUCAGGAAGAUGAUGGAGGAGUAUGAGGUGAACAUCUCUGUGCCUCAGCCUGACCAGCAGUCAGACGUCAUCAAGAUCACGGGUCAGGUGACCAACGUGGACCAGGCCAAACUGGGCCUGCUGGAGCGGGUCAAAGAGCUGCAAGCGGAACAGGAGGACCGGGCGUUGAGGAGCUACAAAAUCACCCUCUCAGUUCCGCCCAAAUUCCAUCCUAAGAUCAUCGGCCGUAAAGGAGCCGUCAUCUCCCAGAUCCGCAAAGACCACGAUGUCAACGUGCAGUUCCCAGACAAGGGAGAUGAACUGCAGGAUGUGAUUGUGAUCUCUGGUUACGAGCGUAAUGCGGAGGAAGCGCGCGUGGCCAUCGAGCAGCUGGUGGCUGAGCUGGAGGAGAUGGUCAGCGGAGAUGUGCAGCUGGACCACCGCGUGCACGCCCGCAUCAUCGGCGCCCGCGGCAAAGCCAUCCGUAAGCUCAUGGAUGAGUUCAAGGUGGACAUCCGGUUCCCCCAGCCCGGUUCCGAUGACCCAGACCGAGUGACUGUGACUGGCUUGCCCGAGAAUGUGGACAACGCCAUCGACCAUCUCCUCAACCUGGAGGAGGAAUAUAUGCUGACUGUAACUGAAUCGGAGACUAUGGCUGCUUACAUGAAGCCCCCAUCUCGGUCAGCCGGAGGAGGACUCGGGGGAGGAGACGAGGACAGUAAGGGCGCUGCCAAAGGCUUUGUUGUUCGGGACGCACCCUGGAAUGCCCCGGGCAACAAGGCUCCGGACAUGAGCAGCGCUGAGGACUUCCCCACCUUCGGCACCGGUGUGGCUCCCAAACAGACGUCGGCCUGGGGACCCAAGAAGUUCUGAAUGGCGGAGGAAAACGAACGAGCAUAGAGAGGAACGGGAGGAGUGGAGAAGAAAUGGAUUUUCAUUCCUCUAUCGCCAAUCUUGUCCCCCUUCUUGUCUCUGGUCAUCCCUCCACUUCAGUGCCCUUUGACCUGUGAGGAGAUCCUUUGUCUCCCACUCUCUUCCUCUGUCCUGCUCCACACCAACCAACCCGGACACCCAGACAGAAAAAUGUGGCCUCAAUCCUGUCCAUGAGCUCUCUCUCUCUUUUGCUCUUCUUUUGUUCAUGAACUCUCUCACUCUAUUCUUUUGUCCCUCACUCUAUCCUUUUGUCCAUGAACUCUCUCACUCUAUCCUUUUGUCCAUGAACUCUCUCACUCUAUCCUUUUGUCCAUGAACUCUCUCACUCUAUUCUUUUGUCCUGGGUUGUCAAUUCCUCCACUGGUUUUCCUCUGGCUUCGCUGGAGUGCCUCAGUCGCUGGGUGGGUGGUUGGGGUGUGGGGUGUGUGUGUGUGUGUGGGGGGGGUUCUAAUUCUUGCAGCUGCUGCACCUACAGUACACUAGACUCUUAAAAGCUGUCCCGGCCUCUUUUAUUCCGUCGUUUAGGCUGGUUGAGACCCAUCAAUCUUCAAAGGAAAGGACGAAAAGAAAAAAAAAAGUGUGAGGUCUUUUUAAAAACAUUCUGUUUUUGAAAACAGAAAUCCUCAGAGAGGAUGCUUGUUUUUAAUUCCUUUUAUUUAUAUAUUUAUAUAUUUAAACAAAUAAAGAUAUGGUCUUGUUUGUUUGUUUAGUUAGUUGGUUGGGUUUUUUUUUUUUUUUUAAACCUUCCAACCUUUCUGCAGCUUUCUUCAGUCAGCAACUGAACCUUUUCAAGCACAUGCGCAGCCGUUUUUAAAAAGGGUCAGUGGCACAUUUGUCCCACAACUUCACAAGCCUGUAAAGCAGUUUCCAGUCUUCAUUGGACCUCAGCGCACACCAUAGCUUUCUCUCUACUCAUACUGAGUCUUUUUCAAAUGUGAAAAAUAGUGAAAAAAAAAAAGAUUACAAAUGCAGCCCUUGCGACCUUUGAAGGUUUGACAAGAAGGUGUUGACCUUUUUGUGACUUGUGUCUGUUUAUUUAUUUAUUUGUCUCUAUUUAUCUAUUUAUUUCUUUGUUUAUUUAAUAUUUUUUACCACUUAAGCUAGCUGGAAUCUUGCAGGGGUCAAUUCCAUGUCUGAAAGUAAGGUAUGAUGUCUAGAUGAACAAUGGCUGAGAACAUGUUUUGCAGGUUGUUUAUGUUUUUGUUCUACCUUUGUGAACUUAAAAGGAGUUGUCUGUGAAUAUUUGUGUGUGUGUCUGUGUGUGUGUGUGUACGUCUACUGAGGGGGUAGAAAUUGGGCAAAGCUUGAAUUUUUUUCUUAUUGGAUAUUUUAUUCUUAUUCAUCUUUGGUCUUUUUACAUCUUGGCUUAUCCAGCUUAUGUGUUGUGGUCAAUGCAACCAGUUUUAUAAAGGAAUCACUCACCAUCCGGUCUUACCUUAGAGCGAGAAUGGCCACAUGGACAGCAAUGUUACAGCACACAGCUGCACUCACUGUGUGGAGUCACUGAAGUUAGUAUUGCAUCAUCCUCGGAUCCCAGCCAAAGUAGUAAAGUGGAGAAGGGAGUACAGGCAACAGUUUCAGCACUUACAUUUUUAAAUAGGUUAUACUACACAUACGCUGGUAACAAAGUCUUAUUUUCUCUGCCAUACAAUUUCAAAUAAAAAACACACAAAAAAUCCUUUAAAAGGAGAGGUCUUUGACCAUUAACUUAUGCCUGUUAUUUCCUCUUCGGUAGGUAAAGGUUUAAGGAUGAAGCUUUGUUUUUUUCUUUUCCUCCAAAAGUUGUUUUUGUUUGUUUGUUUGUUCUGUAAACAAAAUGACAGAAUAUGCAACUCUAGAGUGGGGGAUUUCAUAGUCUUCUCUAUGUAUGAGGGAUGUAUGUGUAUAUACCUGUUGGGGAAACUGUAGCCUUUCAGAGGGGAGAAAGGUCUGUUAUUCUUUUGCACUAAUUUCAUUGUUUUAUUUCUUGUUUUAGUACCCAGCCUCCUCCUCUCUUGGUGAUUUUAAAAAUGAUCUCGUGUCCAUCCCCAUUCCCUGAUCUGCCCUUGUGGCUCUGGUCUAAGGUGCAGGUGAGCGUGUGUAUAUGUGUAGUGUAUGUGUAUGUGAAAAGGGCAACAGUGGGUGUCGAGUAAACCUAUUGAUUUUAAACAGGUGAAGCAAACACUAUUGGCCUUAAGAAUUAAUUACUAUUAUUUUUGGACAAAUGGAAAAAAAAAAAAAUGUAUGAUUGAGUAAAUAUGCAACACUGCAAUAACAUGUCAGUGAAUGGACUUUUUUCCUACUCCAAAUAAACCAUUGAAAAUGGA